AGCUCCCCGGCCCCAUGGUCCCCGCCGCCAGCGCGCUGCUCUGGGCCCUGCUGCUUAGUCUGGGGUCCCGGGCGGCGGGGGCCCACGAAUCUACCUCAACUCCCACGACGACCACGGAGAUGCAGCGGGUCAGCUUACGCUUUGGGGCUCCAGCCCGCAGCCGCAGGACCACAGACGGCCCCAACGGGACCACUAUUAGGAAGCCCAAGAUAACUCUGGAGGACGAGAACGAUGCGCUGGCCACCGCCGACCGCCUGGCGGGCCCGGCCGCCGCCGAGCUCCUGGCCACCGUGACGGGCAUCAGCCGGACGGCUAUCCCCAGCCCCAGUGAGGAUGAGGAUGGGUCUUUGGAAGAAGGGGUGGUGAUCGAUGCCCGGAAGAAUAACACCAGCCCCGGGAUUCCCAAUUCAACUCCCAAGAAGGUGUUCAAUUCCAGCCCCAGGAAGGUGGUAGCCAAUAGUCAGGAGAAAGAGAUCAGGAUGACCACGGACCUGCCGCCCAUCACGGCCAAGUAUACCGAUGAGCUGCUGAGCUCCGUGGCCUCCCUCAACCAGUGGUCCACGGCGGGCUCCACCCCCAAGCAGUGGCCAUCGACUUCACACACGGUCAUGCCCGCGCCCGAGGACCUGCGGCUCGUGCUCAUGCCCUGGGGCCCUUGGCACUGCCACUGCAAGUCAGGCACCAUGAGCCGGAGCCGGGCAGGGAAGCUGCAGGGCUUAUCCGGGCGCCUCCGGGUGGGAGCCCUGAGCCAGCUCCGCACCGAGCACCGGCCUUGCACCUACCAGCAGUGUCCUUGCAACCGGCUUCGCGAGGAGUGCCCGCUGGACCCCGGGCUCUGCACGGACAGCAGCUGCAGCUCGCAGACCACCACCACCCGGACCAUCACCACCCGGACCACCACCUCCACCACCCUGCCCCCCCUCCAGCUCAGACGGAGACCCCUCCCGGUGCCUCCCACCCCCAGCCCCGCUCUUGCUUUUUGGAAACGGGUCAAGAAUGGCUUGGAAGAUAUCUGGAAUAGUCUCUCUUCAGUGUUCACAGAGAUGCAACCAACAGAACAAACCCAGAGGUAAUGGCCACUUCACCCACAAGAGGCGGUAUCAGCAUCUCAACCUGUUGCUCCCCAUUCAAUCCCAGCACCCACUAGAUAUUUUUCAUAUAAAAAUACAAAACUGAAAAAAAAAUUACCUCGUUUUGUGCCUUUUGUUCUGGUGGUCAAACUUAAGGCUCUCUACAUGCUAGACAAGCACUCUUCCACUGAGCCACCCUCCCUUCAAAACCUGGUUUGUAUCUUUUUACAGAGAUAUUGAGGAUAGCCAUAAAUCUUCAGCCCCAAAUUUCAGAGCCAGCAGCCUCUGACCUGUUUCCCCUCCUCCAGGAUAAAAUGGUGACAAACUGAUCUUCAUGUCCCAGGUUGUUUAAAACAAGGAAGAGUUUAGCCCUUGAAAGAUUGCUUUCUCAGGCUAGGCCCUUUCUCACUGGAAGGCAGUAUUGGCACAAAAU